AUGGUUCAGCAAGAUAUUGUAGAGACUACAAUCAUAAAACAGCAAGAAAGCGAUUCCUGGCAAGAACGGUUUCUGUAUUUAAAGCAUAGUGAGUUCCAUGGAUCCACAGGUGUUGCUGGUAUACUGACAGUGCCAACUUCAUUAAAAUACCAAACGUUGAGUGAAAAGGUUGCGCAUGAAGCGGAGUACGGGUUUCCAAGCCACAAGUUGGUGCUGCUGUGCCACGGCCAUUCUGCGCAUAAAAACACAGUGUACAUGCCUUUGCUCGCCAAAAAACUAGCAGAUAUGGGAUACUAUGUGUUGCGGAUGGAUUUUCGCAGCAUGGGGGACUCGGAGCCCAACAGGGACGCCAAAGUCGGUCGCACUAUCGCCCAGGACUGCGAAGAUAUCGAGACAGUAUAUCAAUGGGGUGCUACCGAGCAGUGCAAGCAGCUAAUUGGCCACAAUUUGGUACUUGACACUAUCGUGGCUCAUUCUCGAGGCGUGAUGUCGAUGUUCCAGUUCGCUCUUGGACGCUUUGUGCCCAAUUUGGUCAACGCUUGUGGUAGAUACGUGUCGCAUGGCUUGUUCGAAAAGUCGUUGCGCAGAAAUCCUAACUGGGACCGUGAUGGCGGUUUCAACUGUCAGAUCUUACGUUACGGUAAGAUGCAAGAGGUUUGGAUUCCCAAAUCUGAAACUAUGAGCGCAGCCACGGUAGAUACGCUAAAAUUCGCUGAAAUUAACCCCAGAUCGUCCGUAAUGUCGAUUUACGGGUCAAAUGACGCCGUCAUUCCUCUCAGCGCCCUGGCUCAGUAUUCAAACUUGUUCGAAGGUAGACAUACCGCGGAUCUAGUUAUGUACGCAGACCAUAAUUUCUACGGACUCGAAGGCGACGCCAAUGCUGGCGGUUUGCCUCUUCGCAAAGGCAAGGUAAACUACAAUGUUACCGUUGUCGAUCGUAUUGCAUCUUUUCUGGAGCCGGAGCAACAGCUGCAAAGGUUCUUCAAGUUCACCAAAACUAUCCAAUCCUCUUGGAACCCGGCACAAACCUUUGCACGUUGGAGCCUACCUUAUGAAAUUUCGCAGGUGUCCAACUUCCGGGACAUUGGUGGGUACAGCACCGUCGACGGCCGUCGUGUGAAACCCAAUGUUCUAUUUAGAUGUGCCAAUCCCGGAGAUAUAACAGAGGAAGGUCUUCAUUAUUUGACUGAAGUCUUGAGGGUCUCUCGAGUGUUUGAUCUAAGAUCGCCCAAGGAAGUCCAGGAGAACAAAUUGAUCACAGGGGUGCCAGUUUACAACCUGCCUUUUAACCAUCAGCAAAGCGCAGCCCCUCAGGAUCUAAAGGGUGUGUACCGUGGUAUGUUUUUGUCACCAUAUUUAUUUUCUCAGGCAUAUCAAGUUAUGCUUAAGAAUAGCAUAGCACCCAUAGCGCAGUUUUGUCGUUACAUCAUUGAAGGGCGCUGUAACGAAGCCGAAUCAGCUGUCUUUCAUUGUACGGCUGGUAAGGACCGGACAGGAAUACUUGCGAUGCUUAUUUAUGGGUUAUUGGGGGUGGACGAUGACACAAUUGCGCGCGACUACGAGUUAACGACAAUUGGCCUCAAAACCGAAAGGAAGUUACUCAAGGCUUUGGAAGAUCGUGGUGAUGCUUAUUUCGAACUGUUAGAUUCGGAUAAACUUGCAGAAGAGUAUCACGCCACUCCAGAUUCUAUGUGCCGGAGUUUGGUUUCUUCCAAAUACGAAGCGAUGCGGUUAUUUUUGGAUUCGUUCCGUACCGUUUACGGGUCGUUUGAUCGUUUUUUCUUGAACAUCGUGAAGUUAUCUGGUGAAGACAUUCGGAUGUUCAAAAAUGCAUUGUUGGAGUAG